AGCAGCCGGCCCGCCCGCCUCUUCUGGUGCCUGGAAUGACCCAGCUGCCAGCCUGCCCUGGGACCAUCUUGGGCCGUCCCCACCCCAUCCGGUGACCGCGUAUCCGAAGCGUCGGGCACGUUUUUGGGACGUGGUGAAACAGCGAGCUUUGGAAAUGGGAGAUUGGGAGUUGCUCGAGAGGCUGGGAACACCCGGGACCGGAAUUUUUAACACGGACUGUUGACCGGACUCGUGGGGAAGGUGGCUUUGGAUCUACUGGACUGCCCCAAAUCCUUUGGUCUGCCUGUAUCUCCACUCAGCAGCCUCAAAUGACGUGUACCCUGAGUCUGCCAACUGCCAGCCCGCUGCAAAUUCAGCUUCAAGGUCUCAUCGACACCGGGGCAGAUGUGACGAUCGUCUCCUUCUCUGCGUGGCCUCCGUCCUGGCCCUUGACUCCCAUGGGUUUGGCCAUUGAGGGACUGGGAGGUACCGCACAGACAUUUGUGAGCCAGCGGCCCGUGCUGAUCAAAAACCCAGAAGGGCAAACAGCUACGGUCUGGCCUUAUGUCACUGCAGCUCCACUUAACCUCUGGGGGCGGGAUGUUUUGGCAGCAUGGGGGGUGCAGAUUGGGACACAUUUUUGAUGGGGGCCACUGUGGCGAAGGGCACACAGCUUCCCACGCUGCCUUUACAGUGGCUGGUGACCACACCCAUCUGGGAAAACCGGUGGCCCCUGGCAAAAGAGAAAUUGGUUGCCCUUCGUGAAUUAGUCCAAGAACAGUUACAGCAGGGACACAUUGAGCCUUCCACUAGUCCCUGGAACAGUCCCGUUUUUGUGGUCAGGAAAAAAUCUGGGAAGUGGAGGUUGUUGCAGGAUCUCCGCAAGAUCAAUGCAGUCAUGGAAAGCAUGGGGGCAUUGCAGCCUGGCAUGCCAUCACCUACCAUGCUUCCCAUGGGGUGGAAAAUCCUGAUCCUUGAUUUAAAGGACUGUUUUUUUACAAUCCCAUUGCAACCUGAUGAUAAAUGCAAGUCUGCUUUCACAGUGCCUACGAUCAACAAUGCUGAACCCGUGCAGAGGUAUCAAUGGAAAGUUUUGCCACAGGGCUGCAAGAACAGCCCGACUAUUUGUCAGUGGUAUGUAGCUCAGGCCUUAUCUGGGGUCCGUGAGCAAUUCCCUGAAGCUUAUUGUUAUCAUUACAUGGAUGACAUCCUGGUGGCGGCAUCCACCCAGGAUGAACUGCUGAGGAUACAGCCCCUGCUGUUCAGAGCUCUGCAUUCUUAUGGCCUGCAAGUAGCUCCGGAAAAGGUUCAGCAGCAUCCUCCUUGGAAAUACCUAGGAGUCAAAAUCUUAGAUGGAACCAUUUGCCAUCAAGAGGUGCAAUUCAUGGAUUCUAUCAAGACUCUGAAUGAUGCCCAAAAAUUGAUGGGUAUCAUCACGUGGUUGCGUCCUUACUUAGGGCUGACCACAGCACAGUUGUCCCCAUUGUUCAGUCUUUUGAAGGGGGACCCUGAUCUGAAUUCGCCUCGAGAGCUGACUCCUGAAGCGCAGCAAGCGCUGGAGGAUGUUCAGCAGGCUGUUUCUGCUCGGCAGGUUUACCGUGUGGAUCCAUCCAUUGAUAUCACCGUUUUUAUUACUUGUCCAGAGUUUCAUCCUACAGGUAUCAUUGGCCAAUGGAGUGAACAAUGGUCUGAUCCUUUGCACAUUUUAGAAUGGAUCUUUCUGCCCCAUCAACCGAAAAAGACAGCCCCCACAUUAUUUGAAUUGGUUGCUCAAUUGAUAUUUAAAUGCCGUCAGCGGUGUUUGCAGUUAAUGGCAGCUGACCCUGGAAAAAUUGUCCUCCCAAUACGGUGGGAGGAAUUUGAAUGGAGUCUGACCAACAGUGCCUCUUUACAGAGUACGCUGCAAAACUUUUCAGGGCAGGUUGCUUAUCAUCUGCCCAGCCACAAACUGUUGCAAUUAGCAGGGUCAGCUGAAUUGUCCUUUCGGCAAAAGAGUAGUCGGGUGUCGGUGCAAGGACCCACCAUUUUCACUGAUGGUUCAGGAAGAACGGGGAAAGCCAUUGUUACAUGGAAGGAUGAAUCUGAAUGGCAAGUGCUGGAAGGCCAUGAGUCAGGCUCAACCCAGUUAGUCGAACUAAGGGCCGCAACCAUGGCAUUCCAGCGGUUUUCUCAGGUACCACUGAAUUUAGAUACUGAUUCUACUUAUGUAGCAGAUCUCGCUAAGCGCUUAGAUUGUGUGCUCCUGAAGGAAGUUGAUAAUGAGCGUCUAUUUCGGCUGCUGAAGUCUUUGUGGUGUGUAAUCCAAGCUCAAGUUCACCCAUAUUACAUCCUGCAUAUUCAGAAUCAUACCAAUCUACCAGGGUUCAUAGCAGAAGGUAAUGCCAGGGCUGAUAGGUUAGCUAACCCUACAUGGGUAGCACCUCAGCCUGACAAAAUUGCACAAGCUAAGGCAUCGCAUCAUUUCUUCCACCAAAGUGCACAUACUUUGCAAAAACAGUUUCACUUAACACCAACUGAAGCUCGUGACAUUGUCAGUUCUUGCGCUGUCAUGGACUUGCUGCACCUCUGCCAGCAGGGGUGAACCCCAGAGGGUUAAAAGCCCUGCAGCUUUGGCAGACAGAUGUUACUCACAUUGCUGAAUUUGGCAGACUUAAGUAUGUGCAUGUCUGUUGACACCUUCUCAUCUGCUAUGUGGGCAUCUGCUCACACCGGGGAAAAGGGUCGUGAUGUUAUUGCCCAUUGGAAAAUUGCAUUUGCAGUCUUGGGCAUACCUUCUUCUGUGAAAACAGACAAUGGUCCUGCCUACGCCUCACAGAAAACAUGGCAGUUUUUACAGUUAUGGGGAGUUUCACAUAUUCGGUAUCCCACAUUCUCCCACUAGGCAGGCUAUUGUCGAAUGCGCUCAUGGUACCCUAAAACGUGUUCUAGAAAAACAAAAAACUGGGAUGAUUGGAGAAACUCCACACAGCCGGCUGGAGAAAGCUUUGUAUACAAUCAACCAUCUCACAGUGCAAAAGAAUUCGGAUAACCCUGUCAUUUUGAAUAAUUUUCUUUCAUUGCAGUCCUCAGGUGAGGUGCACCUGCCUCGAGCGAAAGUUUGGGUGAGAGACUUAACCACUAACAAGUGGCAAGGCCCGUGUGAGCUCAUCGCUUGGGGUCGUGGGUAUGCAUGCAUUUCCACAGAUGCUGGGGUAUGGUGGAUACCUGCAAGGUGCGUUCGCCCUGAUCUGCAACACCAAAGGCAGAAAGCAGCCAACAGGCGACCUUCAGAUGAUGAUCAAGAUACCAACCAUCAUUCAGAUGGUCCUUCUACAAGCAGAGACUGAACAUUCUUACCUGUCGACAAGUUAGACUGUCAAUUUCAAGCAGACUAACUAAUGAUGUUUUAUAUAGUGUGUGUGUGUUAGUUCACUGAACUAGUUGUAUUAGAGUCAACCAUCAAGUCCUUACAAAGAAAACAAUUCUUAAACACCAAAAACAUAAGCCAACAUUCUAAAUCAGCAUCCAUUCAGAGUUCUGGUAAAAAAAAACCUCUUGUGCUGUGUUUGUUCUCUUUCCUGCAAGGGCCCAGCAGGAGAUCACAAACACUGUGCAUUUUUAUUUUUUUCUAAACGAAACAGGUGAGUUGUGGAUGCUAACUCUGUAACAGAGAGCUUGUGAAACUGCAGGCCAUAUAGCUUCUCAGUCUUGCCUGAGAAGCUGGCCUGGGAAA